GCGCUUAAUACACAUAAGAGCGCGUUCUAUAACACUGCAAGGAGCGAAGGAACAAUGUCGGAUUGGUACAGGCAGAACGAGAAUGUAGACACUGUUGUUUAUUUGUGGUGAUGUGAACGCAGCCUUCCUUUAAAAUGUCGGCCAAAUCCAGACGUAAGGUGAUUUCCUGUGAAGCCCUCCAGUAUGAGUGUGGCAUCUGUCUCCGGGAGUUCAGUACCUCCUGGUGUUUGCAGCUGCAUAUCAGGACUCACUCAGAACAAAAGUCCUUCGACUGUCACGAAUGUGGAAUGACUUAUCCAGACUUCUCUGCUUUGUGUGAGCACCUGAAGGUGCACAUCUUUGGGGCAGAUCCUGUGGAACAGGAUGCAGAUUCUCCGAGCAUCAGUUGUCAUCAAGACCCUGUGUCUCUGACUGAUGGGAACCAGGUGAGUCAUGGCUUCAAGCCUCAACUAACUUGUGCGACCUGUGAGAAGAGGUUUGGUUCCUUCAAAGCCCUGAAACUCCAUUCAAGAAUCCACAAAACAAAGAAGCCAGUUCAGACACAAGAACCCUGGAAUCUGUCCACAGGUGAAACAUCCAGGACCUUUGGAUCUGAAGGUAACCAAGAAGAUAAUAAGAAAGAAGGGACACAGAAUGUGAAGAGCAAGAGAGGCAGGAAAAGGAGAAAUGGGAACUUGGAACUAACAGGCUAUUUCUUGAAAAUUGGCAAGAAGUAUAGAUGUGAGGUCUGUGCUAAAAAGCUAAGUUCCAGAUCCUUCAUGGAGAAACACAUAUUGAAGCAUCAGAGAGAUCAGUUUCACUGUAGUCAUUGUGAUAAGUUUUUCACAACUUACACCGACUUGAAGGAUCAUGAAAAGCUACAUGAGACAGCUGGGGAACCUACUAUACCUCACAAGAUUGUUGUUGAUGACCAUGUGAAGGCUGCAGAGCUUGUGGUGGCAGAUUUAAAGGGAUUUUCAUGCAUAGUGUGUAAGAAAACAUUUGAUAGCAAACAGAAAGCACAUGUUCACAUACUUUGUCACAAGAAUAGAAAAGGGAGACGUAAACUGAACAGGUCGAAGCCAGGUUCACAGAGCUCAAUCUCUAGUGAUGCUUCACUGAACAGGCAAGAUGUGUCUGACAUGGAAGUGAAGGCUGGAGUCAGUGCUGGUCCUUCACACAUGACUGCUGGUUCUGCAGAUACAACACAGUCACUUUGUUGUGAAGAAUGUAAGGAAGAGUUCAGUACACAAGAUGAGUUGGUACAUCACCAAAACCUUCACAUUCGAGAUCACACCAUGGCACUGAUGAGAAUCCUGAAGCCAGGUACGAACCUAGAUGUGUCAAUUGUUGAGACACAAACACUUGUUGAUGCUGUGCAUUCAGUUACAGAUGUGUUGACAGCCACCAACAAGGAGGCCCUGUUCAGGAACACUUCAAGACAGGAACUGGCAUCAUCUGGUGCGGCCCCCAGCAAGGAGGCUCUGUUCAGGAACACUUCAAGACAGGAGCUGGCAUCAUCUGGUGUGGCCAUCAACAAGGAGGCUCUGUUUGGAAACACUUCAAGACAGGAGCUGAUAUCAUCUGGUGCGGCCACCAACAAGGAGGCCCUGUUCAGGAACACAUCAAGACAGGGCCUGGCGUCAUCUGGUGUGGCCACCAACAAGGAGGCUCUGUUCAGGAACACUUCAAGACAGGGGCUGGCAUCAUCUGGUGUGGCCAUCAACAAGGAGGCUCUGUUCGGAAACACUUCAAGACAGGAACUGGCAUCAUCUGGUGCGACCCCCAGCAAGGAGGCUCUGUUCAGGAACACUUCAAGACAGGAGCUGGCAUCAUCUGGUGCGGCCAUCAACAAGGAGGCUCUGUUUGGAAACACUUCAAGACAGAAGCUGAUAUCAUCUGGUGCGGCCACCAACAAGGAGGCCCUGUUCAGUAACACAUCAAGACAGGGCCUGGCGUCAUCUGGUGUGGCCACCAACAAGGAGGCUCUGUUCAGGAACACUUCAAGACAGAAGCUGGCGUCAUCUGGUGUUCAUCAUCCAGAGAGCAGUCCACCAGAUGUAGCAGCUUUGGAGUCAAGCUCCCAAAGAAACCUACUCAAGGCCUUCCCCAAUGUUCAGUGCAAUGUGAAAGUUGUUCUGAAACGUCUCGAAGAUGAAAACUUACUUUGUCAGAAUGGAGUAGAUACAGUCUUUAGGCAUUCAGAGGACCAUAGCAAUGAAAGGGAUGAUCAUACGCAGCAGAGAAAAUCGGGUGAAGUAACAGAAACAGAGACACUUUAUGGAACAGGGGAAUGUCAUCAGACGAAGGGAACACUGUCAGACAAUAGCAAAGCAUUGCAGGAAGGUGGAGAUUUCAGUGGGGACAAUGGGGAAUAUGAUGAUACUUUUCAUUAUGAAGAUGACAUUAAACAUGCUGAAAAUGAUCAUUAUUCAGUCUCAGCUACAGAUUCCAGUGAUUUGAUGUCAAGUGAACAUGCCCAAGAUGUGUCCACAGCUAAGGAUGACAGUGACAUGAUGUCAGCUGAAAAUGUCCAUGACUCUGCGUCGACAAAAGAAUUGGUGUCUCCUGAAGCACAUUCCAAUGGUAAUACAGCAAAAUUAAGUAGUCUUGCAAAAUCUAUCCUUAAAAAUGUAGCUGAAAAAGGAGACAAGUUUUCAUGCAAAAUUUGUGAAGUGGAAUUUAGUGAACUACAGAAAGCCAAGAAUCAUGUCCGAAUUCAUGUUGCUAAGAAACGGUUUGAAUGCAAAUUCUGCCCAGCUAAGUUUGUGUAUGCAUCAAAGCUUCUAUCCCAUCAAGCUACACACGCACCUGAAAACCUGUCUCCUAAGAAGAAGACGAGAGUGACGACUAGGUGUCAUUAUGAGAAUGUAGGGAAAGAAUUCAUCUGCAACAUCUGUGAUAAGCCAUUCAAGACCAAGCAUAAGGUACAGUGUCAUGUCCGCUAUCAUCUACUGGAAGACACUUAUCAGUGCAGGUUUUGUCAAAGAUGCUUCCGAAAAAAGUAUUCUUUGCAUAAUCAUGAAAAGACUCAUUCUGAUGCUUCUGGAGAAGGUUCUAAGACUACUUUCAAGGAUGAUGGAAAGACUGAAGAUGAAGAGACAGAGAAGGUGACACUCAAGUUCAAAAGAGGAAAGUACAAAGAGUUCACAGAGGCUGUCAAUGAUGUUCUUAAGUGUAAACUUUGUGAAAGUACUUUUAGGAAUAACAAGCAAAUAAUUGACCAUUUCAGAAGCCAUUUUGCUGAGAGAAAAUUCUGGUGUACAAUUUGCUCUGCAGCUUUCAAGAGAAAUAGUCAUUUAGAGGUUCACAUGAAAGCUCAUGAUAGGGGUAACGUGAAGGGGCAAAAAAUAAGUAUGUCUGAAGGUGUCCAAGGAGCCAUGAAUGUAGAGAAGAAAAGUAAUGUGAAAAUGAUUAAGGAAAAUAACAGUAAAGAUGGAGCAAAUGUUGUUGAUUUAUCUGCUGACACUUCAAUAGCUACAGACAGUAUCAAAGAUCGGGGAGGAGAGGCCGGUGGCUGUGUGCAGCCAGAGUUGCCUUCAGGGGAUACAUGUCUGCUUGAGUCUGUUACCAUUCCUGUACAAACAAACCAUGAACAAAUGAGUGUUGCAACAUUGUCACAGGAAGAUCGGAUUCGUAAUGAUGUAAUAGGUGAGAAGUCAUCAACUACUGAAGCCUUGACUAACUCUAGCUUAAAUCAACAUCCCAUUUCUACAGCUGCAGAAAUGGUCAAACAUCAUCCACUGACUGAUCCUGAUGGUGCAGCAUUCACUUGCAGAUCAUCUGGUGAAGAAGGGCACUUGCUGGUAGGACAUGCCAAGACCACUGUAACUUCUGCUGAAGGGACAAAUGAUAAGGAACCUUUGUCCAAUACUAAACGAGAAAUACGUGAUCACAGUUCUGCAAUGACUGUUGAUUUAAGUGAUGAAGAAGAUGGUGCUGGGGAACAGAAAGACACAACAUGUGCAGCUCCAGCAGCAGUUGCUGCUUGUGCUAAAGAUUGUGCAGAAACACAGACGAAAGCCAAAACAGAGCCAAGUGCAGACUUCAUUACUGUACAUGGGCUACGUGGAUCUAAAAACGCAAAUGAAAUCGGGGAUGACAAGAUGUUGAUGGCUGCUUCCGAUGAGGAUGGUGGUGGUUUGGUUGAUGAUGUGAGUGAUGAUAAUGAUCUUGACAGUGACUUUAAGUAUGAGCCUGAUAUGGACUAUGAUUCUGACAUAUCCAAUGAAGAUUUAAGCUCUGCUCGAAAUAGAAGACCCCCAAUUAAGUACCUUUAUGAUGCAUCAGCUUCUUGUACAGAUGGCUGCAGUGCUGGUGAAGGGGAAACAAAGGAUGCAAACAUCAAUAAAUCUUCCGGAUCAGAGAAUGAUGAUGGUCCAUCGAGGAACAAACAUGAUGUACAAAUUACGUUUUGCAAUCCAAAGAAGAAAACGUCCAAAUCUACAAAUAAACCAUCACGGAAAGGUAUAACUGUUGCAUCAGGUUCCAAAGGACAAGGGAGACAAGUAAUAACACAAAUGAACACAGGAGAAAAGGUGACCCAACAUGUAGGUCAGUUAGAAAAGCUAGAGAUGGAAACUAUCUCAUCUCAAGGUCAGGAUGUAGGAGGGCUUCAUCAUGAGGAUGAAGCUCAAGAUUGUCCAGUGGGACUAAACACAACUGAUACUGAAGAGGAAUGUGCAUUGAUGGAUACCACAUCUUCUGACUGUCAGUAUUCUCCACAGAAGCAUCAGACUGAGUAUACAAUUGAGGCCGGGGGAUCCUUCCGAUGUGUCUUCUGUGAUAAAGUCUUUAAAUCCCUGCUCAACAUUCGGAGCCACCUCAGUAUUGAACAUGAUCUCUUCCGGUGCAAGGUUUGCAUUGCCACCUUCCAAACUCAUCAGGAACUCAAAAAACACAAUGAGGAAAACAAACACUUACAAUUCAGAGUCCUCAGCAACAGAAACAUUUCAACUAAAAUUGAAAUAGUUGGGGAGAUGUUUAAAUGUAAUCUUUGUAACAAAAUGUUUUCAGAUAAGGGAAAGUGUGCACUUCACGUUAGACAUCAUCUGACUGCAUUCAAAUACAUCUGUGACAUCUGCUCCCAAGCCUGCAAGUCCAGGUCAGUUUUGGCAGCUCAUAUGAGCAUACAUAACAACAGCUGUUCAUUUGAGUGUAAAGCUUGUUUCAACAUGUACCCAAAUAUGGGAAGUUUGAGAUAUCAUGAAAAGAGACACACUGAAGAGGACAAGAUUAACAUUUUGAACUAUGUCAAGUGUGACACAUGUGGUGAUCUUUGUGUCAAUGAAAAAAUGUUGGAGAAGCAUGUUUUGCAACACAAAGACAGCCAUACUUGUGACUUUUGCAAAAUGUCAUUUCAGACGUACACUGCUCUCCAGAAUCAUCAGUCAGUGGAACAGCACCACAAGUGUGAAUAUUGUGGGAAGACAUACAAAGAUCAGAAGUAUCUUAGGAAACACAUCCGUACUGUCCACACCAAACAAGAGGCUCACAUGUGUGACAAGUGUGGCAAGUCCCUCAGUAGUCAGGCAGGUCUCCGAGCCCACAUGGCACUUCACACGGGGACUGCCAAAUUUCAAUGCAGCAUGUGUAACUUGAAAUUUCACCAUGCGGGUAAAUUAGAACACCACAUGAAAGCUCAUGAAGCUGGUGGUGGUCUGUGUGAGCUAUGUAAGAAGUUUUUCCGGACUCGGAUAUGCCUCAAAGUCCACAAGUUGAUGCAUCAGGCUCUGGAAGCAGCAGGGGAAGAUCUAGGCAAUACUAAAGGGCUGCUGAUUCAAGGGCUGUCGGAGUACACUUGUCCAUGUUGUAAGAAGACAGUCGGAACUGUGGAACAGCUCAGGCAGCAUAUCAAGCAUCACUUUGUUGAAAGGAGGUUCAAAUGCACAAUGUGCGAUAUGUCCUUUUUCAACAACUAUUACUUGGAGACACAUAUAAGAAUCCAUAACAAGGACUUUUCAUUUCACUGUGAUCAGUGUCCUCGAAAAUUUGCCUCGUCCAACUUUCUGAAUAAUCAUAUCAAGAAGAUCCAUCUGAAAUCUGACAGGGGUAGAUUUCCUUGUGACAUUUGUAAGAAGAUUUUCAGAACGAGGGCAGGUGUUGGCAGUCACAAAAGGCUUCAUAAGGACCGUGUCCGUGGUCAUCCAUGUGAUUUGUGCGAGUUAAGCUUCUUCUCUCCAUCGGAACUAAAGGCACAUAAGCAGACUCACUCUUCCGUGAGAGCGUUUAUGUGUGAUCUCUGUGGCGUGAGUUAUAAGACGAAAUACAUGUUGAGAAACCAUAUGCUCAGGCAUGAAGGACGGAAGGACUUUAAAUGUGACUUGUGUGGAAAGGAGUUCUUUCUGAAAGCGUAUUUGCAGAUUCAUCUGAGAAAUCACAAAAAUGAGAGGAAUUUCAGGUGUAAUAUUUGUGACAAGGGUUUCAAUCAUCCUAAUUCUCUCAACGACCACAAGCGAAUUCACACUGGUGAGAAGCCAUACAAGUGUAAGACCUGUGAUCGGAAGUUCACAGACAGGUCGGCUAGGAGAACGCAUGAAUUGUCACACAAGGCGUCCACCAGUAAGAGCAAGGGCAAAGUUGAUCUGUGAUUCGAGAAUCAGAUUGAUAGUAGAAUGCACCAAAUGUCACACACAGUGUCCACAAGAAUGAGCAAGGACAAAGUGUUCUGUGAUUGGAGGAUGACAGACUGUUAGAGCUCUCCCAGUGAUAAGGGCAUCACAAGUCACGAUGUAUGGAUGCAAUGCCAACUUACACCUGACAAUAUGUUACACAAUAUACCUACCAAUGUCAAAUCGUCUCUAUGUACACACUAUGUUCCUCCAUCACUCAUGAAUAUAUAUACAUACAUAUACUAUUUUUAUCCCUCGCCAUGAAGGGGGAUAUAGGAAUGGGUGCCGUCCGUUUGUCCUUCCAUCCAUCC